CUCCCAUCAUUUUGGCGGAUGCGUUGAAAACAAAAACAAAAGUAGUCAGUGAAUGUUAUUCCAUCAAAAUGUCAUUGGAUGCGUUAGAGAACUACUAUGACUUAGAUGACAUUAUUUCAACUAAUGAAAAGAUCCCUUGCAAAAUUGAAAUUCCCAUAUACAGACUCGGUUAUCUGGAUUCCAGUUCAGUGAAUGAGCACCUUACACCUGGGUCUAAGCUUGAGUUCCCUUUCUGGAUGGCUCGCUCACUUUGCAGCCGUAAACGCCACAUGGUCAGCGUGGAGAUGCCCAAGCAGUAUCGGGAGGCAUAUCGUGAAAUAUUGACAGCCGAUGCCUCUGUGGUUGAUCUACACAAGCUUGGACCGUACUACUUUAGCUUUGGUAUCCACAUGCUGAAGUUUGAGCUUCCAGAAUCACCUGAUGUUGCAAAGAUACUAGUAAAGUCAUUCCAGCAAAGGUUCCGUAAGGUAAUGGACUCCUCCCAAAACUGCUACAAUGAAGACACAUCUAAGCUCACAGAUAAGCUGGAUGAAUCUGAGAUACUUUUGUUUCGGGCUGGUCAACACGGUCUCAAUGAGUUUGUAAGGUGGGAAACAAGACAGACCGAGAAGCUGACCACGUCGGAAAUGGUGAAAAAUCAUCGCAAACGGAAGCGUGCCAUAAUGGAAGAUAUUGGAUGAUAUAUGGACCAAUUUGACAUGAAUUUGUAUAAUGUAAAUUGGUAUUUAAUAUAUUUAUAAUGUACGUGUCAA